AUGGCCAGUGAACCACAGAGAGGCUCGAGAGAGGCGUACGACUACGCUGAAGUUGCUCAACUGCUCCCAGUGCGUAACCGCAGUGACCAGCAGUCGCUGCGGUUACGACGGGUCUCCUCUCGGGUGUCCAAUCACAACUAUCCUGAGAACGACCUGCGGCCGACUCCUGCAGAGGAGAAUGAGGAGGGCGACAGUGGACCACCCCGGGAGCUCAAGACCAUUCCUCUGCCCAUGGCGUUGAAGAGAGCUGUGAGGCAGGCGCAGGAGAUGCAUGUGCCCGUGGUUUCCAGGAGGCAGGCCUGGCGACGGAGAAAGUCUCUGCAUAAACUAAAAGAAAAAGCCAGAGAAUGUCUCCACUUUUUCACACUGUGGAGAAAGUCUCUUCAAAAGAUUGGAGGGAACUUCGGAGGUGGCGUCGAGUCCUACUUCCUGUUCCUGCGAUUCUUGGUGGUGCUGAAUUUUGUUUCCUCUUUACUGAUUGCGGGAUUCGUCCUCAUCCCCAGCAUCGUCUUCAGAUCUGUCGGGGGCAGCGCCGUUAACGGCACUGGUCCAGAUGAAUGCACAGUGUAUGACCCCAAUCCUCAAGGCUUGGACUUAUUCUAUAAUUACUUCCUUAACUUACUUUCGGGGACGGGUUUCAUGGAGUAUUCCUACCUGUUUUACGGCUACUAUAACAACACAACGGUGGAGGACAGGAACUUCUCCUACAACAUCCCCCUUGCCUACCUCUUCACUGCCGUCUUCUACUUUGUCUUUUGUCUCAUUUGUAUCAUUGCACGCAUGGGGACUGCAGCUCAAGUUGCCGUGGCAACGGGAGGCGGCGCUGUGGGCAACUACAGCGUGAUAUUGUUCACCAACUGGGACUACGGCUGCCAGGGCGACCAAGCUACCAAACUGAAGCAGAAGAACAUCCUUUACCGACUGCAGGUGGAUCUGGAGGAGGAGAGCAGAAAGAAAAAGACAGCGGCUCUGACUUUGGGGCAAAAACUUAUUUUAUACUCCCUACGUGUUUUCAUGUUUUUGGUGUCAUUGGGGCUCAUUGUGGCAGCCUGCUACGGCAUCUUCAAGGCCACCAACUUCAGCCAGAUAAAGAGUGGUGUUAAAGGGAUCCUGGGUUUGGUUUAUGAGUACCUACCUUCGAUUGUCAUCACCAUUGCAAACUUCCUGGUGCCGCUGCUUGGUGACCAGAUCGCCCGGGUAGAGCGAUACUCCCCUAGCAAUACUGUCAUAGUGGCUCUAUUAAGAGCGGUUUUCCUUCGUCUUGUGAGUCUGGCUGUUCUUCUCUUCACCCUGUGGCGUCAGAUCACCUGUGAAGGGAACAUAGAAAGUCCAAAUUGUAAACUGUGCCACUACAACUAUAAUGACCACCCGUGCUGGGAGACGCGCGUGGGACAGGAGAUGUACAAGCUGACACUGUUUGACUUCCUCGUCAACUUCGCUUUGCUCUUCUUGGCGGAGUUUCCACGCAGAAUGGUGGUGGACAACUGGUCCAGUAAGCUGGCUCAGUGGGUGGGUCGACAGGAGUUUGUGGUUCCUGCCAACGUGCUCGGACUGGUUUACGGUCAGACGGUGGUGUGGACCGGAGCUCUUUUUUGCCCGUUGCUGCCGCUCAUUAACACCAUCAAGUUCAUACUCCUCUUCUACUUCAAGAAGACCACGCUCUUCUAUAAUUGCCGGCCAGCACUGAGGACGUUUCGCUCCACCUACUCCACCGUCGUCUUCCUGGUGGUACUCCUGUUCGGUUGGGGCCUGGCCACAGUUGUCAUGGUUUACAGUCUCGCUCAGAUCAGUCCUUCUAGGGGUUGCGGUCCUUUCCGGUUCUUCCCCAGCAUGUGGUCGAUUGUUCCAACUUCUUUCUACCGCCUCUCUGAAACUACACAGGACUUUCUCUUCUUCAUCGGCUCCCAGUCAUUCUCCAUCCCCCUGUUUGCAUUAUCGUGUGUGGUGAUGUGCUAUUUUGUAGCCUUAGCCUCCGUUUAUGGGAAAUCUGUCGCCCUGUUAAGAGCUCAGCUUAAACUGGAGGGCCGUGACAAGCAGUUCUUGGUGAAGCAGAUUGAGGAGCUGAGUCGACAUCAGAUACUAAAACAUACAGCAGGGGCAUACGAGUAAUCAUAGCAUAAGGACCAUAUUUUAGUUGUAUCACCUGUUGUGGAAUAUUUUAAUACAACUAGUUCCGGAGAAGAGAAAGAUUUAUUUCAAUGGUUAUCUCAUAAAAACAAAGUCUUGAUGACUGAAGUCCAUUUAUUGCUUGCAAGCAGGAGGUCAAAUACACAAGCGCGUAUUACAGCGCUCGGUAGAGAUAGCGUCUCCGAGCAGCCAAAGCGCUGAGCUUUUAUACACACACAGAUGAAGGUCAUCCCCAGUGGCAGGUGGCGCCAAAUCAUAACUACUAGACCACAUGGGAGAUGGCAGACAUGAAACUUGCCAACCAAGUGAGAUAUGAAGCACGAUGGUUACGAUGGGGUAACAGACAUUUGUCGAGCGUUUGUGUGAGAGCAUCUUGACUCUCCCUCCUUUAUUCACACACAGCUGCAAAUGAAAACUUUGAAUCAUUCUGCUUUUCACACGUUAAACUUCAAUACAGCCAAUGAUCACUCUUUUUAGCAUAAGACUAUGUUAUAACAUAUUUCACUAUUACACACCUAAACAAGAUACAACAUGAUGAGGAUUGUAUGUAUGAAGUGAGUGUCACAUAAUGCUGGCUUGGGUUAACAAUCAUUGUUGUUGGUUGUUGACACGUCAGACAGAUAUUAGUUUUUACUUAACAUGUAAAUGUAUUAUGUUAACCUAAGUAAGUGGUAUAUGAUUGAAUUACAUUAAGAUUAUCAUGUUAUGUAAAUUGCAACAAAUCUUUGUUAUCAAUAAAGUGCUUCCCCCACUUUUAUUUGUCCAUGCAAAA